CCUGCUCCCUCCCACUUAGGUGCAUCUCAUCUCAUCUGUAUGCCUAUGCUUGUUUAUCAUUUUCUUACUUUUCUCUCACGCUCUGCCACAAAACUCCGUCUCCGCAAUAACGGAAUAAAAAAACAAGUUUAAUUACUAUUAUGGCGCCGAGGGAUCAUAAGACAAGCAACGCUAAGGCUAACGGUAACGGUAACAGCGGGGUGAAGGAGGUGCAUUUUCGUGGAGUGAGAAAGAGGCCGUGGGGGAGAUACGCCGCGGAGAUCAGAGAUCCCGGCAAGAAGAGCCGCGUCUGGCUCGGAACCUUCGACACGGCGGAGGAGGCAGCGCGUGCCUACGACGCCGCAGCACGAGAGUUUCGCGGCCCUAAGGCCAAGACAAACUUCCCUCUCCCUUUGGAAAAUGUUAAGAACUCGAGCCCCAGCCAGAGCAGCACCGUCGAGUCCUCCAGCCGCGACCGCGACGUCGCCGCCGAUUCCUCGCCUCUAGACCUCAACCUCGCCCCCGCCGCCGUCGCAUCCGCUCGAUUCCCCUUCCAGCACCAGUUCCCGGUUUUUACCGGCGCGGUGCCUGCGGCAAAUCAGGUUUUGUACUUCGACGCUGUCCUACGCGCCGGCAUGGCCGGUCCACGUGGCUUUGCGUUUGGCUACAAUCAUCAUCCCGUUGCGGCGAGUGAGUUCCACGCGACGACGAGCGACUCGGACUCUUCCUCUGUUAUCGAUCUGAACCAUAAUGAAGGCGAGGUUAAGGGGAACGGUUCUAGAAUCUUCGAUCUGGACCUUAACCAUCCUCCUCCGCAUGAGAUCGCUUGAUCCAAAGUCUGACUCACCCCUUUAGUUUUUUGUUUUUUUUUUUUGUGUUUCGGAUUAUGAAUUUCUCGUUAGUUUUUUUUUAUAUAAGUAGAGAAAGUAGCAGCCUCCGAUAAGGGAAAAUAACGAGGGAAGGGAAGGGAAAGAAAAGAAAGUAUGUGAAUACGUAGGCGGUAUGAUUGUCUCAAUUUUUUGCGACAUAGAGGAACCACCACCGGUUUCAUCCUGUUGUUUCUUAAAUCACGAAAUGGUUAUCGGGUUUUUCUUUCGUUUUAAUUGAUUAUGUACUGCGGUGUAAUGUUUUUGGUUUGCAGCCAUAAUUUGGUUCAAUGAAAUUAACACGGAAAGUUUGCAUAA